AUGGCUUCCCUAAUGGAGGAGAAUAUAUUACAGGCUAGUAGUGUAGGGGAAACCAGGAAAGCUUCCAGUCUUCAAGAGGAUUCCGAGACUGUGGAGGAAAAUGGACAUGUUGCCAAGAGGUUUAAGCCUGAUCAUGAAGAGCAGGCAAAGAAGUAUCCCAAGAAAAAAGUGGUCCUGCUUAUGGCAUAUUCUGGGAAAGGUUACCAUGGCAUGCAGCGAAACGUGGGUUCUUCACAGUACAAAACAAUUGAAGAUGAACUUGUGCAAGCACUCGUCCUAUCUGACUGUAUUCCUGAGAAUCAUGCAGAACACAUGAAGAAAAUGUCCUUCCAGAGGUGUGCACGCACAGACAAGGGAGUUUCUGCUGCAGGACAAGUUGUGUCAUUGAAGAUUAGGCUGAUCGAUAACACAGUAGAGAAAAUAAAUGGUCAUCUUCCUUCACACAUCAGAGUGCUGGGUUUAAAGAGGGUGACAGGGCGGUUUAACUCCAAGAACUCUUGUGAUGCUCGGACUUAUUCCUACACAAUACCUACUUUUGCAUUUGCACACAAGGACCAUGAAACACAGGAUGAAAGUUUCCGACUUAGUCAAGAAACAUUGAACAGAGUGAAUGAACUGCUUUCCCUAUACAAGGGAACUCACAAUUUUCAUAAUUUCACAUCACAAAAAGGGCCUUGGGACCCCAGUGCAAAGCGGUACAUCAUGGAGAUGCACUGUGAGCCUCCAUUUGAACAAGGAGGUCUGGAACUGGCUGUAAUUAAAGUAAAAGGCCAAAGCUUCAUGAUGCAUCAGAUACGGAAGAUGAUUGGGUUGGUUAUUGCAGUGGUAAAGGGAUAUGCAGCACCUUCUAUUAUGGAACGCAGCUGGGGAGAAGAAAAAGUUGACAUUCCCAAAGUUCCUGGUCUGGGGCUUGUUUUAGAGAGGGUUCACUUCGAGAAAUACAACCGGCGUUUUGGCAAUGACGGCUUUCAUGAGUCUUUAGACUGGACAGAAAAAGAAGAGUAUAUUGAGGCCUUUAAGAAGGAGCACAUCUAUCCCACUAUCAUCCAAACAGAAAUUGACGAAAAGUCAAUGGCAAGCUGGCUUGCAACUUUAUCUAUACAUGACUAUGAUGCAACUUCACAGCAACAAAAUGUUAAUGACCAUAAGGUAAGUGGUGCAAUUAUAUCUACUAGUAGCUGCCUGUGUAGUCCAACAAACUAG